AUGUCAGGCAAGCGUCUGCUCGACGCUAUCCAAUUCCUGAACGUCACCAAGUCAGUUGCGACGAAGCACCUUGCGGUGCGUCAGCGGCAGCUCGAUGUGUUUACAAGAACAUCUUCCCUUACAAAGGGGAUCAAGAGCCAGACGGAUGGAUUGAUUCUUACAGCGAGGGCUGCUGCGGAACUCGCCAAGCGCUUCAACGAUUCUUCUCCGGAUCACACCACCGGUCGUUCCGAACCUUCCCCUCCGACGCACGCAGACCAGUUCCCUACCGAAACCCAAAUACCUUCAUCUGUGACCGGAGCUAGCAAAGAUAAUAGAACAGGUAAGUUGGAUGUCAGCCCGCAGCAGGAGGAGUUUUAUCGGCCUUCAGGGGAGCAGGCUGCGGAAUCGGCGGGAACACCUCGUGUGAUAGUACCGCGCGCUACAAAUGAGGCCCAAGUCGCGUUGGAUAAGGAUAUCCAUGCGGAUGUCUUUCGAUCGCCGGUUGCGGCUCCAUCUGUAGCGGCAGGCUGGAUAGCCAUCAGCCCGCAGCAGGAAGAAUCAUACCAGCCCUCUCCAGAGCCCGCCGUCACGCCGACUGGAACGCCUAGAGUUCGGAUUCCGCAAGCCAUAAGCAAUACACAAGUGGGAAUAGAUAAGGAAAUCGAUGCAGAUGUUUACCAAGCACCCGUGGGUACCGAAAAGGCGGCAACAGAACCGCAGCACCUCUCGGAAGACAUGAUGAAGGAUAUCUUUCAUAGCCCUAGGGUCGCCAGGGUUCUGUCACGAAAGCCGGCUGCGGAUCCAAGGUUCCGCGUGGAAGCAAAAAGGAGAGAGCCUCAAGAAGUUAAUCCCAGCAUCGUGGAGGACAUUGUGACUCCUGCUUCGAAAAUCGAGUCGGAGAUUGCAUCGGAGCUGAAGAAGGAGGAAGAAGCCUAUAAGAUGGUAGAGUCCCGAGUCCCAUCCUCCCGCUUGGGACGAAUCUGGCAAUACGGCGGCCUAGCUACCUCGAUGGCUUUUGGAGCCGUUGGCGAGGGCUUCCGCAGAGUAACAGGCAGUGCAGAGGAUGCAGCUGGAUCUCUCAUGUUUAGCCCUGGGAAUAUGGAGCGUCUUGUGGCCAAGCUUUCGAAAAUGCGCGGCGCCGCGCUGAAGCUGGGCCAAAUGAUCAGUUUCCAAGAUUCCAAGAUGCUUCCAGAACCGAUCCAACAGGUCCUUCAGAGAGUACAAGACCGCGCAGACUAUAUGCCUGCGUAUCAGCGGGACAAAGUCCUCACAGAUAAUCUGGGUCCCAACUGGCGUGACCUCUUUUCAACCUUUGAAGAAGUACCCAUGGCCGCCGCAUCAAUCGGCCAAGUUCAUGGCGCCGUCCUCCAAAGUACCGGCCAACCGGUGGCCGUGAAAAUUCAAUACCCUGGCGUGGCCGACUCGAUUGACUCGGACCUCAACAACCUCUCAAUCCUCCUCACAGCUUCGCGCCUCCUUCCGCGAGGCCUCUACCUAGACAAAACCAUCGCCAACGCCCGCACCGAACUCGGCUGGGAAUGCGACUACACGCGCGAGGCUGAAUGUGCCGACCGCUUCCGCACUCUUCUCGCAGACGACCCCGUCUUCUACGUCCCUGCAAUAAUCCCCGAGGCCUCGGGCAAAAAUGUCAUAACAAUGGAGCGCCUGAACGGCGUCGCAGUCACAAAAAUUCAAACCUUUACCCAGUCUCAACGGAAUUGGAUUGGUACCCAAAUCCUGCGCCUGUGUCUCCGCGAGAUUACCGAAUUCAAAUACAUGCAGACAGACCCCAAUUGGACAAAUUUUCUCUACAACGCCGCCACCUCACGGCUCGAACUCCUCGACUUUGGCGCAACACGCGCAUACCCAUCUCAAUUUAUUGACAAAUACGUCGCGACCCUCCGGGCCGCAUCCCGAUCCGAUCGAGAUACCUGCCACACCCUUUCUAUCGACCUCGGCUACCUAACAGGCCACGAGAGCCCGGCCAUGGUCGACGCGCACGUUUCCUCGAUCCUUACCCUCGCCGAACCAUUCAUGGAUUCGUCCCCAGAUGUCUACGACUUUAGCGACCAGACGAUUACAGAGCGUGUUAAGGAGUUUAUUCCCGUUAUGAUUCGAGAAAGACUGGCGCCACCGCCUGAGGAGACGUAUAGUUUGCAUCGGAAGUUGAGUGGGGCAUUUUUGCUGUGUGCGAGAUUGGGGAGUCAGGUUAGGUGCAAGGAGUUGUUCAGGGAUGCAAUGGUGAAGGUCGAUGAGCGCUCGGCCUAA